CCGAAGGUAGAAGGUCAGUUGUAGUCGUUGUCAGAUUAGUACGUUUGUAGAGCUCGUUGAGAGAGUGAGACUGUGGCUCGAAACCAGGAGACCAAAACAGUGUUAUCAUUCCACGCGUCACAGAACUCGUAGCUGACCGGCGUGAUAUGUGCGUGUUAUGGGAACACGACUGAAGUCAAUGUGAGAAUUUCUCGAACAGUUCCAAGUCUGAAGAUUAUGAACUCGGUGAAUUCUGCAAGUGUAGUGUUUUAGUUUCUCCCCUAGUUCCGCUCAUGGCAGCUGCUACUACAUUAAGCCUUAUGACAGUCGGGCCUCAACAGAAGACGAUGACAAAUCUAAUUCAGCCAUCGUCGGCUACAACGUCCAGCCCUUGCGUCAUAGUCACGACAACGGGUGCGUCAGGCACGCAGCACCAGUCAUCGCAUCUCCUGUCCUCACCCCUCCUCCAUCCUGCUGCAGCCACAAAGACAGUCCUAGUCCAACAAAAAAGGGCUACCGCUCCAACCUCAACCUCUUCUGCAGACACUGGCAGAACCAGCGUCGUAGUGAAUAUGUCCGCCUCAUCUGCCAGCACAGCUGACACACUGAGGUGUAAGCGACGGAUAAACUUCUCUCAUAACACCCACCUUACAUAUUCUGGCCUACCUGGACAUCAGCCGGCGUCUGUCGCCCGUCGGAACGCCAGGGAGAGGAAUAGAGUUAAACAGGUCAACAACGGAUUCGCUACUCUGCGAUCCCAUAUCCCACUGUCAGUAGCGGCGGCCUUGUCGUCUUCCGCGGGAUCCGGUAACGGGUCUGGAGGUCGUGGCGCCAGCAAGAAGCUCAGCAAAGUCGAGACCUUAAGAAUGGCUGUCGAAUAUAUCAGAAGCCUUCAGCAGCUGCUGGAUGACCACGCUGCUGAAACGUCUUCAACGACUUCCUCAAUACCAGAAACAGGGUCCUCAGCCCUGACGACAACGACAAAUGAAACAGAGUACUACUCCAGCGGUUCGGAGUCAUCGGUAACUAUCUUUACUGCCACAGCGACCCUGCCGGUUGGAGCACAACAUUUCACUCACCACACGUCAGGGAGUAGCCACCCUCUACUUAUACAGCAACAGGCGCCUCUUACGGGCUCCUCACUCUCGCCGCCCUGCUCAGAAGCAUCGUCGUCACCGACGCCUUCAUACGCGUCGGAAGGUUCAGGUUCUGCCGUAUCUUCAUACGCACCAACAUCAGUGUACCAACAAGAAAAUUACGAGAAUUACGAACCAAUGAGCCCCGAAGAUGAGGAGCUACUGGAUGUUAUCUCGUGGUGGCAACAAAGCCAGUGACGGUUGCUACUAGCCGCACAUAUGGGAACCAGCCGGUCUAGACGGGACAUCCAUUUAGCAGACGUGGAAGAAUGGGCGAGGAAAGAGACCCAACGAAACGAUGGAUGUGCAUCUCGUGCCUGAACAGCAGUAGAGAGCCUUAACAUAAAGCAAUGCAGUCAAUGGGUUUGGAAUCUCGAAACGUUGACUCACCAGGCCAAAUCAUGAAUUUUAUCGAAGGAAGAUCUUCAUUUUUCUUUGUCUUUCAGAACAGGCGUGCCUUAUUAAAUUGAGACAUAUCUCGCCAGUUAUUCUGUUUCUAAAUAGAGACUGUUAUAUUUUGACUGAUAUAUAGAAACAAGGUGAUAACUGUUAUGAACGUGUCUCGUGUGUUUUGAACCGUUGAUUUUUCUAGUCAGAUUUAAAAUAUAUUUUAUAUUGUAUAUUUGUAAAUAUUUUAGAUGAAUUUAGUUGGAUCUGGAAAGUUGUAACAGUCAUUGUUAUAUCAUUCCAUUUGACUGCACACAUUUGUGCAAUUUAUCAUAGUAAUCUUUAUAGCUCGUUAACCAGAAACCCUGACGAAAUAACGUACAAAAUGCCAUAUAUAUCAGUAUUGCAUUUUAUGAAAUUAAUUGUAUCAGCAAGCUCACGAAAUGCCACAAAUAUCUGAAUUUUCAUUCGUAUCGCCUGGUCAAGUGUUGCCACUGCAAUUUUUGCUGAACUGUACUCUUGACUGCCUCUGUGAUCUAGUGGUCAGAUCUUCUGGUUACAGAUCCAGAGAUCCCGGGUUCAUUUCCCUGCGCCACAAG